AUGUCUGAUCAGGUACAAGAAGGUGACAAAGUCUCCUGGAACUGGAAUGGUAAUCAUCCAUCCGGUACCGUAGGCGAAGUCAAAGCCGGCGAGGUGACAGUCACAUCUCACCGCGGCAACCAAAUCAGCAAGACUGGCGAUGAAUCCAAUCCCGCAGUUCACAUUGAGCGCAGCGGAAAUGACGUUGUUAAGACUGCGGACGAACUAGACAUCGAGGAGAAAGCCCAACAGAACGGUGACUCUGAGAAGAAGGAAGACUCCAAGUCUGAAGACAAGAAGGAGGAGGCUGCUGAAAAAGCAGAUGAACCUGCCACAGACAAGGAUGAAGACGCAGUAGGCGAGAAAGAGGACGAAGACGCCGACAAGAACGAAGAAGCAGUCUCCGAUGAAGCUCAAACCGGCGACAAGCGCAAAGCUGAUGAGAAAGUCGAUGCCGAGGCUGAGAAGGAGGAUGAAGACAAAGGCGAGAAGAAACAAAAAACCGAGAAUGGAGAGGCCAACGGCACUACCAAGAACGAGAAGAAGGAAGAGGGUGCCAAAAAUGGCACGGAGAAGAAAAAGGCAGGAAGGCCAAAGGGUCCUAAUUCAGCGCCUAAGAAGGAGAAGAAGGAACCUGCGGUUGGGAGGGCGGCUAGGAAGACCAGAAGCCAGGGCGCUGCUUAG